AUGAGUGGCAGCAGUCGUGCCCUCCACCCCGAGGAGCUUUUCCUCAACAACGGCCCAGGUAGACAAGAAUCACCUACCAUCGGCCCCCUACGUAUCAGCAAACGGGACUCAUCAUCCCCAGCAUCGGCCGCGGGCUCCAGUCCCCCACCAAACGCCCCGCUCCCCUACCCGGAUGACCGUCAACGUCCGCAAAUGCGCACCUCAAGCUCAAACGAGCGAUAUCAUGACAACAUUAGAUAUGGGUCUCCGCCAGCUGGUCCUGGUUCAGGCUCCGUAAGUCCAAAUGAAUACCCAACAGCGCUGCGGCCGCGGGACGGUCGCGAACCCAGAGUCGCAACAUUGGCCGAACGAAGAGGUGCAGCCCCUAAACCGCUUCCCGAAUCGCCUAGCCACGAUGCGCCAGAUCGCGACGCUUUAGCGGCAAGACAGUACCCCCGACCCCCAGCAAGUCUACCACCCGGCCCACCGGAGCCACCAGCAAACACAAGCCAAUAUGAUUACCGUCAACAAUACUACCCGCCCCCUCAACGCCAAAGCUCAACUUCUGCUGCCCGUCCCCCGUCAAGUCUACAGGCCCCACAAGGCCCGCUCAAUCGCAUCAGUUCCACUUCGACAACCCGCGCCCAGCGUGGCUCGCCCCCGCCACCGGAGACGCCUAUCGUUGGUCCAGGCCAGCAUCCCGCCUCUGAUAUCGAGGCCCGCUAUGCGGCCGCUGGUAUCGCAGGCACGGGAACUCUGCAGGGCAUCCAGUCGCAUAAUGUGGCAGCACAGAGACGUGCAGAACAGUACUCCGGACAACAGCCGGUUUUCCAGCAGCAACAGCAGCAGCGCCCGUGGACUCCGACUGAGCAGCCUGGUUCCCAGCCUCAUGGGCCUCCGACGGUUUAUCAGGGUGAUGAGGUCGUCACGGAUAAUCAGCCUGCUGCGCAUCCUGGUCAAUAUGGUAGUCCGCCGCCGCAGAUGCCUGGCUCCUAUGGAAGCCCGCCGCCUCAGGUUCAUCCGGGCCAAUACAGCAGCCCGCCGCCCCAGGCUCACCCCGGUCAAUACAGCAGCCCCCCACCCCAGGCUCAUCCGGGUCAAUAUAGUACCCCGCCGCCCCAGUCUCAUCCAGGCCAAUAUAGUAGCCCAGCGCCUCAGGCUCACCCUGGCCAAUAUAACAGUCCGGCGCCUCAGGCUCACCCUGGACAAUACAGUGGAUCCCCAUCUCAAAUGCACCCUGCAUCUGGGCUACAGCAGCAGCAGCAAGAACAGCCAGGAAGAGCUGCCCCUAAUGCCCUGGAACAAGACAUGGACCGGAUGCGCCUCAGCUCCUCUCCUCCUCCUGCCUACUCAAGUGUGUCUGGUCCUGCUUCAAAUGGGUAUCCCAAUGAAAAGCAUAACAAUGCGGCGGCGGCAGCAGCAACAGCAGCGGCUGCUGCUGCUGGAGCUGGAGCGGCAAUGAUGCACCCGGCCUUGGUAAACCAGCCCAAUCCUGUUGUAAAUGCACAUUCGCCUGCACCGACAGCCUCCCCGCAGGACCAUCCCGCUUUCCGGAAUGACCAGAGACAGCAACAGCAGGCAGGCCAAUCCCCACAGGCGUCUGUUGCUAAUGACUUGUCUGGUUUCCAUCAUCAGACAAUCCAGGUGACUUCCCCUGGUCCCUCUAGCGCCGGUCCGGCAUCACCACCACCUCUCCCGGAGGGGUGGAUUGCCCAUAUGGAUCCAAGCUCAGGACAGUAUUACUAUAUCCACUUGCCCACACAGUCAACUCAGUGGGAGUUCCCCAAGGGACCUACGCCGCUUAAUCUCAAUGACACGCCCUUGUCCCCAGUGGGAAGUGUGUAUAGCGCCCACCCGCUAGUUUCUCCGGGUCUGUCGGCUUUCGGAAAGCCUCUGGCGUCACCGGGUGUGCCUUUGACCCCUGGCUUCGAAAGCCUACAAUCUCCCAUCGUGUCUGGAUUCUCCGGGCCUCCCCCGAGUAGUGGCAUGGAUCUGUACAAGAACACUCCAACCAACGGUGUCUACUUUGGUCCUUAUCUGCGUUACACCAACAUGGAUCUCGAGCGUGGAGUCUGGAUGGGAUCUAUCCUGCUGGUGACAGAUGCCGCACAGCCACCCACGAUUCACAUGCACCAGAGUCUAGACCUUUCUCCAAACCCAAGACAAUUGAAGGCAGUCAACAUUGCCGCCCAUCAACGCUGGACAUUCUACAAGUAUGAGAUUGACCUACAGAUGGACGACGCAGGUCCUGCAAAAUGGACCUACGCCAUCACCUCGCACCUGGGCUGCACUCGCUACGAGUUCCUCGUCGCUGGUCGACACGAGACCAACUGGCGAUUCAUUGCUACUUCUGGAAAUGACUUCUCGCUCAAUGUCAAUGCUAGUGAGCGGGCUCGUGUGGGUGGCGUCGGCUAUAUGUGGAAAGACAUCAUGCAAAAGCACAACGAGAUCGGUGGCUUCCACACACAGUUAUGUCUGGGUGGUCAGAUCUAUGCGGAUCGCAUGUGGAAAGAGAUUCCGUCUCUCAAGCAGUGGUUGACUAUCAGCGGGAAAGAGGCUAGAAAGAACGCUCCUUGGACAGCGGCUAACCAGCAGGAUGUUUCUUACGCAUACUUCCAUUACUAUACCAGCCAUUUCGAUCAACCCCACAUAAGAGAGUCAUUUGCGCAGAUUCCUUAUGUCUGCCAGAUUGAUGAUCAUGACAUCUUUGAUGGAUUCGGCUCAUAUCCAGAGCACAUGCAGUUCUCAAACAUGUUCAAGAACAUCGGCCGCAUCGGUAUCGAGAUGUACCUCCUCUUCCAGCAUCACACAACCCUCGACAUCCUCCGAAACGUCAGCAAUGACACAGACCUCUUCACCAUCACCGGAACAGGCUGGCACUUUGUUAAAUACCUAGGUCCCGGCGUUGUCGUCGUCGGUCCGGAUUGCCGCUCAGAACGAAACCCUCACCAAGUCAUGGCUGGUCCCACGUACCAGGGUCUCUUCCCAAAGAUCGCAAUGCUACCACCCAGUGUGCAACACUGUCUCUGGAUGGUCGCUGUCCCACUCAUCUACCCUCGUCUAGAGACGGCAGAACACAUCGUCCAGACCGUUGCAACUGGAAAGCGGGCCGUGACUGGCGCGUACAAUGUGCUAGGCAAGGUUACCAGUUCGGUAGCCGGAGUAGUCGGCGCCAAAGACUUCGUCGGCUCGGGCUUCGACUCGGUGAAGCGAGCCGUAGGCAAAUCCGGUCUGAUGGGUGGUAUAUUGAGUCCAUUUGGUGAAUUUAGCUCAAUGGACGAGCUUCGCGAUCAAUGGACGCACGAGUCAAAGGAUCUCGAACGCACAUAUCUCAUUCGCACCCUCCAAGGCAUCGCCCACCAAAAAUCAAUCCGAAUGACCUUCCUCUCCGGCGCCGUCAACGUCUGCGGCGCAGGUCUCGUCCACGACCCCUCAAGCCCCUCAGACCACAAGACAAUGUACCAACUCAUCGCCUCCUCCGUCGUCAAUACCCCACCCCCAUCAUACAUCAUCAAACUCCUUCACAGCCACAGCAAACCCCUCUAUGUCCCCGCCAACGGCCACAGAUCCUCCGCCCAGGUCAGCGAUACAAAGGAAGACAUGAUGGAGAUCUUCCAGACAGACGUCAACGGUCAACCUCGUGAGUACCGUAAGCUCAUGGCGAGAAGGAAUUACGUCGCUAUUGUUGCGUAUGAUCCUGAGGCUGUUAAUGCUUCUUAUGGCAUGUCAGCUGGGGUUAGUAAAUUGAGUCUUGCGGCGGACUUUAUGGUGCAGGGAGAUGGGGCGCUUGGGAAUGUGGUUAAAUUUGGACCGGUUAUUGUGCCGUGUUUGGAUCAGGGGAGGUGA